AUGACUGAUGAUAAUGAAUCAAUUGAAACUGAUGACCAAGAGGACCAAGUUCAUAAUAGUAAUACACGAGAUAUUGAUGACCAAGACUUUCAUGUUCUUCUUAACCCACAAUGUCCAUUAAGUGAUUGGGUCUAUUGGCAACGUGAUGCUAUUACUCUUCCUGACUGCUGGACACGAGUGUUUGCCGUCUUUUAUAACAAUAUGCUAUGGCUCUAUCGAUACGAAGAUGCAUCUGCAAGAAGUUUAUUAGUACGAAUCCAUGUCACGGCACUACGAGUUGGACAAGAUGUACGCCAAUUGCAAUUUCGAGAUGCACGAACGACCUUGCAUGUACAACUUUGUUUACCAGAUACCGAGACAUUUUGUCGUUGGCAUUGUCACGUGACGACAGCAGUAGCACAGUUACCAAUUGUCAAAGAUGAUCUAAAUGUUGCAAUUGUAUCAACAGUGACAUCGGUUUUGCAGAAAAAGAGGUUUUGGAAAGAUGUAGCGACACGAAUGCUACAGAGAAACAAGUAUCAUUGUGCGAGAAUGCAGGAAGACAACAGGAUGGUAGUAUACAAUCGACAGCAAAAUAGGAAAAGGAUGAGCCAGCUCUGGAAAAAUGUAUCGACCGCAUUGAAAAAUGCAUUGAAGCUCGACCUGCAUUAA